AUGCGGCAGAUCGAGGAGCACCUGAAGGAAAAUCUUCCGUGGAUAGGCAUUGAUGCCCAGACCACCGAGCCGAAGAGAAUGCUUGACUUUGCCUGCGGAGACGGGUUUUUGUCUCAUGCUCUCCGCCCGUACUUCUCGGAAAUCAUCGGCGUGGACCUGGCCGAAGGCAUGGUCAACAAAUACAACCGCCGCGCCCGCGAAGCCGGCAUACCCGAGUCGCAGAUGCGCGCCGUCGUGGGCGAUCUCGCUGCAGCGCAGCCCGACGCCUCGCUGAUCCAGAACAAAGACCUCGCCAACUUCGAUCUGAUCAUCACGUCCAUGGCGCUGCAUCACAUUGAGGACCCGCAGCGCGCAGUCAAUCGACUUGUGGAACGCCUGCGCCCGGGCGGCACGCUGGUGGUGAUCGAUUUUGAUGCCGCGAAGGACGGCCAGCAAUGGAUCGCCGCUAGUGCUCCUGCCGCCCAUACUAUUACUCACCAUGGCUUUAGCAAAGCGACAAUGGAGAACCUUCUCGCCUCUGCGGGGUGCAAGGAUGUGGAAUACGUUUUGCAUAAAGAGAUUACCAAAAUUCCCCGCGAGUUUGCGCACUUGGGCGAGGAAAAACAAUUGUUCUAUUCCCGUGGGCGGAAGGAGUAA